UGCCAUAGAAAAAACAUUUUUGGUUCCUCUAAGAACAAUUUAGUCAAAAGUUCUUUAUUUAGACAUUAAAAGUAGUUAAAGCUUCUUCUAUGGCAUCGUGAAGCACUCUUAUUUUUAAUAGUGUGUUGUUUGGUGCACAUGUUGAAUGAUUAUAAACAUGUAAUAAAGAGUUAAAAAAAUAGCAUAACACAUGACAUCACACUCUAAAAAUCAAUACAACCCGCCUUUUAUAGGGCACUUGAUAACUUCAAAACAUCUUGCUUCUCUUCCUCUCUGAGAGAGAGAGAGAGAGACAGAGACAGUUAUUACUCUCAACCUCACUGUGUUCAUGGUAUCAAACCUCUGUCAAGCUCCUGAACAUAUUUAACAAAUCUGGAAACUUCGUCUAACAGAAACUCCAAAUUUAAAUUGAUCCUAAAACUCCUUGCUUUUAGCUUUGACUAGACUACAAAGACUUCACUAUGAGUAAAUCAAGAGACAGCAGCCCCACAUCUUUCACCCUGGAAACAGAUGACAGGACGGAUGAAGAGAGGUCGAAAAAAGUGAAGAAAAAGGAUAAGAUGCCCAUGGACACAUAUUUCCAAGAAGAUGUAGUGGAUGAAACACCGAGAAUUAAAUUCAACUUAAACUUUGACAAGGGAAUUAGAAAUGUGAAAGAGGAACCAGGACAAGACACUGGGGCCUUUUCUGUCAAGAAGCUGUUUGAAGCCGUUUCCAGUGGCGAUGUCUCUAAACUGCAGGGUUUACAUGAGUACCUGCACAAAAGCAUGAAACAUCUCACCGACUCCCAAUAUAAGCCCAACGGAAAGACAGCCUUGCACAAAGCUCUUUUAAACUUACAGGAUGGUGAAAACGACACUAUUGAAUAUUUGCUCGACAUUGCAGAGAAGAUGGGAGAUUUGACGAAUUUCAUCAAUGCUGCAUACACAGACGGUUUCUACAAAGGUCAGACAGCUCUACAUGUUGCCAUCGAAAGGAGGAGUGCAAAGUUUGUACACAUGCUGGUUAAGAAAGGUGCUGAUGUCCACGCUAUGGCCUGUGGGAAAUUCUUUCAGCCCAGUGAAGGGAUGUGCUUUUAUUUUGGUGAGUUGCCGUUGUCACUGGCCGCUUGUACUAAUCAGUCAGACAUUGUGGAUUUCCUGAUGGAAAACCCAUAUCAGCCAGUGGAUGUCACUAAAAAGGAUUCGCAUGGAAACAUGGUGCUUCACGCUCUAGUAGCCAUAGCAGAUAACAGCAACGAGAACACAGAGUUUGUCAUUGCCAUGUAUGACCACAUCUUAAGGAAAGUUGCUCAACUCCACCCUAAGACAAAGCUGGAGGAGAUUGAAAACAAUCAGGGACUCACACCGAUCAAACUAGCAGCCAAAACCGGAAAAUUUGGGCUGUUUAAGCACAUAGUGCAGCGAGAGUUUAAAGAUUGCAGGCAGCUGUCUCGGAAGAUCACGGAGUGGGCAUAUGGUCCAGUUUGCUCCUCACUUUAUGAUCUCGACUCCCUGGACAGCUACGAGAAGAACUCUGUGCUGGAGAUUGUUGUUUAUGGCAGCGAGAUUCCUAACCGUCUUGAGAUGCUUCAUAUUGAGCCCCUUAAUAAACUACUUGAAGAGAAGUGGGAUAGAUAUGCUCAACGGAUUUUCUUGUUCAACUUUAUUGUUUAUCUUGCCUACCUUCUCAUCUUCACAACAGUAGCUUGUUAUCGGCAAGAAGGAAAGCCUCCAUUUGAUUACGACAAGGAAACUCGCCACCUGUUUUUGACAGGACACAUGAUUAGUGCCAUUGGAGCCCUUUACUUCUUUUUUAGAGGGUUAUUAGAUUUGAUCAGGAAGCAUCAGAGAUUUCAAUGCCUGAUGAUAGACGGAUACGCUGAUCAACUUUUUUUUCUGCAGGCUCUGCUCUUUAUAGUGUGUGCUGUACUGUAUUUUUGUGGUAAAAUGGAAUAUCUGGCCUUUCUGGUUUUGAGUCUGGCUUUGAGCUGGAUAAAUCUACUCUACUUCUCCAGAGGAUCCAAAUUUAUGGGAAUCUACAGUGUCAUGAUACAAAAGAUGAUUCUGGGAGAAAUUCGGAGAUUCGUUGUUGUGUAUAUGGUCUUUCUCAUUGGAUUCACUACAGCUGUGGUAACUCUUCUUAGAGGUAAAGCAAAAACUGUUAAUGCUACUGGAGACUGCCUGACACCAGAAUUUGAUAAUGUCUACCGCACCAUUCUGGAGUUGUUCAAGUUUGCUAUUGGCAUGGGAGAUCUGGAGUUCACAGAUCAGUAUGAAUACCAGACAGUGUUUUAUGUGCUGCUGAUCUUGUAUAUAGUGUUGACCUACAUACUGCUGCUAAACAUGCUGAUCGCACUGAUGAAUAAAAGCGUGGAGGAUACACACAAAGAGAGCACCAGUAUCUGGAAACUACAGCGUGCAAUGAGCACUUUGGACAUGGAGUGUUUUUUUCCUCGCCGUCUUAAAGAAAUGCUGCGCUCAGGGGAAGAAAAAGACCUGGGUGAUGGACUGGAAUCUGAUCGACGAUGGUGCUUCAGUGUGGAGGAAGUUAACUGGAACCAAUGGAACAGAAAUCUGUCUAUAAUCAAUGAAGAUCCUAUGGGCUUAUGCACGAGUGUACCUUCCCCAUCUAAACCCAAAAGAGAUUUCAGCCGGCUUGGACUCCUCCCAGCUUUCAGUAAGCGGUGGACACAAAGAACACAAAGAACACAACCCAGUGAUGCACAGGAGCUCAGUCCUCUAGCUGAAGUCUCUACUAGCGCCCUCUGAUGGUCUCAUAACAAACAUCAUCACUGUGUGUGAAAUCUGUAGUACGCCAGGUUUCAGACUUAUUUGGAGAACAAGCUGUUAAAAAGUAUUUAAUCUAAUGAAUGUAUAUGUGCAAUCAAAUAAGAUUAAUUUAAUAGUGGGCGAAACAGGGUCAAUCUUUUUUGUGUUAUUAAAUAUUCAUUUCAGUGGUACAGGAAUGACAAGCUUUGAUUGGUUAAAAAUGAACUCUAGUUCUAAAAUAAUACGGAUCAUCUUUUUUACUUCAAACCUUUCUCUCACUUUGCUGUUUUGCUCACCUUUGUAAGUCGCUUUGGAUAAAAACGUCUGCUAAAUGCCUUAAUGUAAAUGUAUAAGCUGUACAAAGCAUAAAUGCUAGGUACCUUUUAUUUUUUUGAUAAACAUAUCAGGACAUUUUACUGUUUUAUGAAGAUCUUUAUAAUAGUGCAGUAGCCCUUAUAACUUUAUAUGCUUACUUUAAAGUUCCAAUGAAAUUAAAAUGGGACAAUUCUUUUUAUGUAAUACUGCAGUGUUUUAUUAUUUAAAAUGUAUCAGUGUAAGUCAUUUUUAAUUCAUGUGCCCUCAUAAACUUCAAUCAAAAUCUGCAAAUGAACUUCGGCCCUCUUGUGGCAAUCAUUCUCAGAUGAUGUUAGAGUAUCCGUUAACUCCGCCCCCUCUUGCUGUUAAGCUGUGGUCACACUAGACUUUUUCGCUCCAUUGACUUCCAUUCAUACGCAUGAGAAUGUGGCAGACUGGAAACGCACGCUUGUGCAAUGCUGCAAGUUGCUGCAAAGUCAAUUCUGGUGAACUCUGGCCUGCGAAUUCGUAUCACAUGGAGCGUCAUGACCAGUAUAAAACCGGUCACUGCAUGACUUUUCUCUCUACAGAAAAGCACAGACGAAGCCAAAGAUCAUAUUGAUGAGCUGCUUCCCACAGCAAUGUCCGACAAAUACUCGCAUACUCAAAGUCUAGUGUGACCGCAGCUUUAGUCUGCUGCCAGUUCUAUUAUAAAUGAAAUGCCUACUUUUCUAUAUCCAAUCAAUGCACAGUGGAAAACACAAACCAUGCCCAUGAUUUUACUCGUGUGAUAUUCUGUUUCACUUGCAAAUACGUCACAAUCCAGAAGUCGAUAGCGACUUCUGGUUCACAGGGACUUUAAAGUGGAAAUGAAGCAGUUAGACAAUUACAUUUUUUUUAGUAAAUGGAUAUUUACUGUAUUAAAGAAUAUAUAACAAAUACUAAGUGCCUAUUCUGACCAUAGACCGUAAAAAAACAUGGACGUAGUGUCCGUGCCGUCACCCAUUGGUUUCUGAAGAUCGUUUUUGAAGCUUAAAUUAGGCAUUGCCUGCCGUCGCCAUCUUGGCCGCGCGUCACCGCGAAUCACUGGCGAAAAACCGAAAAAGGGUAAAGAGGCGGGACAUGGGUGAAGCUGAGGUGGCUGGAUGCUGAAACCAUGCCCGCCUAGCUCGACUCUAGUGACAGCAGUGGCUGUUCAACCGUCACUCAAGUGGCCACGCCCUUAAUUAUGCAGAAGUUUAAGGCUUAAUAUAAUUUAAACGAUGAGUUACAAAAAAAUUCAGCCCCCUCACAGUUGUCAUGAAGAGCAAAAUUAGCUAUACAGACCAAAAACACUUUUUGUACCAGGCUGUAAACAUAUUAUUUUCUACUGUAAAGUUGGCAAUUUUUAACAUGGGAGUCUAUGGGAGUUGACUCCCUUUUGGAGCCUGCCUCAAGCGGCCAGUCGAAUGAAUUGCAGUUUAAGUCACUUCCAUAUUGGCUUCAUUAGAGAGAUCGGAAGGUUGCCCCUCGAUUCUGACAUGCUGUAAUAUAUGAUCUAUGGGGUAUUUAGAGCUAAAACGUCACAUAUGCACUCUUUGGACACCAGAUUUUACAUCUUGUAAACAAAUGUCUCCUUUAAAUUUAAAUAUUGUAAAUAUUGUUAAACAAUUUAUGAUACAAUAAGGCAGAAUAUCAUUUAGGGCAGAGUUUUCCAAACCAAAAUCUCCAAGGCCCCCAUUUCCGUCUUUAUAUUAAAAAUGAUCAACACAUAUUACUCAUUUGUAAGGGUUUUGUGCCAUUUAUGUGCACUACUAAAAAUUUGCAAACCAUAUUCUGGUGAAGAUGAUGUAAUGUAAACAUUCUUUGAUGUAAACUUUCACAAAUGUGUUGUAAAUCUAUAACACUGCAUACUAUAAGUUUAUAACAGAAGGCCAUUUCAUGAGUAUAUUGCAAUAAAAUGCACACAUGUUUUUAAUUGAAUAUUUUUACAUUUUGAUUUAGCUUAAUCCACUGUUUGGUAGCACUAGUGUGAAAUAAGUUUGCAUAUGUCGCCCUCCUGUGGUACCGCUUGGUUUUUACAUUUCAAUUUGAAUUUAAAGGCGCUCUAAGCGAAUCUGUGUGACGUCACUUUUUGUUGAUGUAUGAACUGUUUUCAAACAAACAGAGCGUAGCUAACUCCUCCCCUUCCCUUCCGUGCUUUCAUGAACGCGCCCAACCCCUACCCUCAAAUCCUUCUUGUCGUUUAUUGGCUGGAACACUUUGUUAUGGUUUCUGUUUGUAGGUUUGGCCACUUUGUUUUUAUUGCAGUUUGUGGAGCCUGUGCUGUCUACAGAGAUCGUGUUUUUUUACAGUUUGAUCAGCAGACAGGCAGCAAGCAGAUAGUGAGGAGAUGUUUGCUGUAUGUAAUCAAAAAUGUUUUAUGGUCUAAAACGCGUGAAUUCACUUAGAGCACCUUUAACAUGCAUAAUAUCACCGUUUCUCUGGUCAGCUCACACAGAGACUGUGUUAUAUCUGUCCUGUUGCAUUCUUACUGCCACUACAUCUGAAGAGUUUGGUUCCAAAACGCAAUAAAUCCAUUUUGACUAA